AGGCCCAGCCCAAACCGUUCCUCUGCAAUCUGGGAGCCCUGUCCCACCGGCCAUUCUGCCUCUGCAUUCGACAAGCAGCUCGUGCCAGCUACCGGCGUUAUUUCUUAGGUAGGAGUUCUGAAAAUUGUUUCUCUUUCUCAUUGCAUUCAUUUCCUGUGUGUGCCAAUGGCGAAGAAUAACUCAUGGGACUGCUGGGUAGAGGCAGGGCUCUCAAGGCUGGACUCUCUGAAACUACUUCGAUCUCUGAGACCCAUUCAGCUGCCCUGUGACUCAACAAAACCCAUUGGUUGUAAAGCCAAGAAUUCCUCAAAUUUCGAUGAAUACGAGGUCUUCGACGAGUUACAGCCCUGGGAUAGAUCCUCAGUUGAAGUGGAGAUUGCAGAAACCACAUUUCAAAGAUGGGUCGAUGAGGUUCCCAGUUCUGGAGAUGACACUGUUUGUAUAGAUGUGGUGGCUGGUGACGGAGGGGGAACAUGCACUCGAUAUUUCAAGUUACUUUUGUUCUCUGGAAAUGAUUAUCUGGGCUUAAGUUCACAUCCAACAAUUGGAAAAGCUGCUGCAAAGGCAGCACAAGAGCAUGGGAUGGGUCCUAGGGGUUCUGCAUUAAUAUGUGGUUAUACCAAUUAUCAUAGUCUACUAGAGUCAAGCUUGGCAGACUUAAAGAAGAAAGAGGAUUGCCUUCUUUGUCCUACAGGGUUUGCUGCCAAUAUGGCCGUGAUGGUAGCAAUAGGAAAUGUGGGCUCUCUUUUGGCUGCAGGAGAAAAGCCCCUGGAAGAUGAAAAGAUUGCUAUAUUCUCUGAUGCUUUGAAUCAUGCAUCCAUAAUUGAUGGUAUACGUCUUGCUGAGCGACAGCAAAAUGUAAACGUUUUUGUAUACAGACAUUGUGACAUGUCCCACCUUAAUGCACUGUUAUCAAGUUGCAUGGCAAAGAAGAAAGUUGUUGUCACUGACAGCUUGUUCAGUAUGGACGGAGACUUUGCACCAAUGACUGAGCUUGUGAAGCUUCGCAAAAUACACAGAUUUUUGUUGGUCAUUGAUGAUGCACAUGGAACAUUUGUAUGUGGCAAAAAUGGUGGUGGAGUGGCUGAGAAGUACAAUUGCGAAAGGGAUAUUGAUAUUUGCAUAGGCACUCUGAGUAAGGCUGCAGGUUGUCAUGGUGGAUUUAUAGCAUGCAGCAAAAGGUGGAAGCAACUCAUUCAAUCAAGGGGACGCUCAUUUAUAUUUUCAACUACAACACCGGUCCCAAUUGCUGCUGCUGCUCAUGCUGCUGUUGUUGUGGCACAAAAAGAGAAAUGGCGUAGAAGGGCAAUUUGGAAUCGGGUGCAGGAUUUUCAAGCUCUCACUGGAAUCCCCAUUACAAGUCCUAUAAUAUCUCUUGUUGUAGGCAGUGAAGAAAAGGCCCUGAAAGCCAGCCGCCAUUUGUUGAAAUCCGGUUUCCACGUUACUGCAAUUAGACCUCCAACUGUGCCUCCAAACUCUUGCAGGUCUGUAGCAAUUGUCCAUUGCUCUUUUAUUUAUUUUUCAUUUUCUUCUUUGGAUUUUUUUUUUUUUUUUUUGUCACUAGCAUUUAAUCAGUCUGGCAACAUCUUGGUGUCUGAAUUUUUCUGGAUUCCUACUUUGUCCAUCCUUAAAUUCAUGUAUUGCAUUCCAAAUUUCCAAUGUUUGCUCUUGCAAAGUUGGGUCAAUCUUGUGUUAGUUCCCAAGAAAUUUGCUGAAGCAUCUUUGUGGCUGCAGCCACUCUAUUUGGAUGUUAGCCCAGGACAUUGAUUUGCCUAGUGUUGAAAUUUUGGAAAAAACAAAAAAAUAUACAUGGACUAUUUGAUUCCUGUAAAAUUAAUCUUGUACAUGGCCUUUGAGAUUUGUACUUUUCAUGUAAAUAUAUGCUCUCUUUCACGCAUAUUGACAACAUUCUCAUGUACUCAAGUUUUGUGUUUUGAAAACUAGUUUUUCACUCUCUAUUGAGCUACAACUAAAUAGGCUGAUUCAAGUGGCUCGAAAUUUGCCUUCCAUUGACUACUUCAUCUUUAAGUGGCUCGAAAAAUAACAGUUGAUCUUAUUUGGCUUUAUUGGAAUGGUUAGCUAAACCCAAUCUGUUAGAUGUUGGCAGAUUCUAGUUAACAUAUUUCCAGUUUUUCAUGCAUCGGUUUGUAUACACAAUGUUUUAUGUGCGUUUUGUGUAUGGUGACAUGGAUUUGAGGCAUUCGGAUUUGGAUUUGAACAAAAUUCAAGACAAUGUUGUAUUGCACUUAACCAAAUCAAUCUAAAUCUAAAUCUAAGGUCAUGGAGUCUAUGUUUUUUGCAUUUUAUUUUAGACUCUUCGUAUGCGCACUAGUCUUGCUAGCAUUGUAAACCUAAUAUUUUUCCUUCUAUAUGUACGUUGUAAAUUUCUUCUCAUGUAUUUCCUUUCCCCCCCUGUUUUUCCAAGGUUAAGAGUUACAUUGUGUGCGACACACACGAGAGGUGAUGUGAAGAAGCUCACAACUGCACUAUCACAGUGCAUCAACAUCCAGGAUAUCGGCAUCCAAACUCCAAAUGGAUAUGCAAAGCUCUGAGAACAGGACGGAGGAAAAAGCCGCGGGAUUUUUUUUUUUUUUUUCUCUCCAAAUAGCAUUUUAUUUUUUGGGUAUUGGGCAUUCAGUUACAGGAGUGAGAUUAGGUGGAACCUGGCUGAGAAACGCUUGCAGCAAGCAUUUUCUCCAAGAGUUGGCUUACUGCAUGUUUUGAGGGAGAAAAGUGAAGGUUGAUAUCAAAUUUUCUUUCCUUGGCUUCCAAACAUAUGUGGUGAUAAGUCAUCAACAGGGAAAGAGAAACAGAGCUUUUGUUCAUUUUUUCCGUUCAGAUUUUUCACAUCAGGAAUCAAAUUGGAUGUUAAUGUUGUUGGAGCUUCA